UAAGCACUGCCGUGAGGAGUCAGAAUCUCCACCGCUAAGCACUGCUAAGGAGUAGGAACACAGUACCGUGCACUCAGUGACACAGAUGGAUGCUAAGCUGUGAAAAUCAAAGGGAUCUAAAGGAGAUCAAAGAAAGGAAUACAAUGUCUGUUCUGAUGACACCACCUUCCAGUGUUGAUCCUCUUAGAAGCUUAUCACCAUAAUUCGGAAGUCAUUUAGGACAUUUCCCAUCUGAUUGGAUACCAUGAUAACCAAUCAAGUUCUGCACCUCCUCAUGGUGUCUAUCCUGUGGCCCACUACUGCCCUUCCUUUCAAGCCUGGGAAUAUUGGGAAUCUGUUUGGGAUGCCAGAGAGUGAUGGCAAGAUUCUUCAGCGGUCCAAACGUGGAUGGAUGUGGAAUCAAUUCUUUCUGCUCGAGGAAUAUACAGGAAAUGACCAUCAAUACGUUGGCAAGCUGCACUCCAACAUGGACAAAGGCGAUGGCACCGUGAAGUACAUCCUGACUGGAGACGGGGCCGGCAGCUUGUUCCUGAUUGAUGAGAAGUCUGGAGAUAUUCAUGCCACGAAGAGGCUGGACAGAGAAGAGAAGGCGAUGUACACCCUUCACGCCAAGGUUGUUGAUAGGAACACCAACGCAGACCUGGAGCCUGACACUGAGUUUAACAUCAAAAUUCAUGAUAUCAAUGACAAUGCGCCAAAAUUUGCAAAGGAAAUCUACUUCGCUAGCGUGCCUGAAAUGUCUGAAGUGGGUACAUCUGUUGUCACUGUAACUGCCACUGACGCUGAUGAUCAAACAUAUGGGAACAGUGCCAAGCUUGUGUAUAGCAUUCUACAGGGACAGCCCUACUUCUCUGUGGAUUCGGAAAAUGGCACCAUAAAGACAGCCCUACCUGGUAUGGACAGAGAAGUCAAGGAAAACUACCAGGUUGUGAUCCAGGCUAAAGACAUGGCCGGGCAGAUGGGCGGGCUUUCAGGAACCACCACAGUCAGCAUCACUCUCUCAGAUGUAAACGACAGUCCGCCACGUUUUGCGAACCAUUCCUUCCGUGUGACUGCUGUUGAGUCUACAGUGAUCGGCGCCUCUAUUGGACGAAUUAAGGCUGAUGAUCCAGAUGUGGGCCGUAAUGCUGAGAUGGAGUAUACCAUAGUUGGUGGUCAUGACAUUUUCAAUAUUAUCACUGACCAAACCACACAGGAGGGAGUCAUCAUAAUAAAAAAAGCACUGGAUUAUGAAAGUAAGAGGGACUACGAGUUCAGAGUGGAGGUGAAAAAUACCUACUUGGAUGCAAGGUUCAUCCAUGGUUUGCAAUUCAAAGACUACGCCACAGUCAAGGUAACGGUAGAGGAUGUGGACGAGCCCCCAGUUUUCACCAGGAACCCUUACAUCAUCGAGGUGCAUGAGGACACGGCUUCUGGCAGCUUCGUUGGCGUGGUAUCAGCCAGGGACCCCGACGCUGACAACAAGCCAGUCAAAUACUCCAUUGAUCGACACACAGAUCUGGAGAGGCUGUUCAACAUUGAUUCUGUGAAUGGAACAAUCACAACGCUGAAAGCACUGGAUCGAGAAACGUCCAAAUGGCACAACAUUUCUGUGGUGGCCACUGAAAUAAAUAAUCCACGUCAGACAACUCGGGUGCCUGUGUUCAUCAAGGUGUUGGACGUCAAUGAUAACGCCCCUGAGUUCGCCAUGUCCUACGACACAUUCGUCUGUGAGAACGUCAAAGCAGGACAGCUGAUUCAGACGAUAAGUGCUGUUGACACAGAUGAACCUCUCGUGGGACACAAGUUUGUCUUUAGCAUAAGUCCCACCAAUCCCAAUUUUACCAUUGAUGACAGGGAAGACAACACUGCAAAUAUCCUGACACGGAGAGGAGGCUUCAGCCGGCGUGAGAUGAGCAUGUACUUCCUGCCUGUAGUGAUCUCUGACAAUGAUUACCCCAUUCAGAGCAGCACCAGCACGCUGAUCGUGCGCGUGUGUGCUUGCGACAGCCGUGGAAACAUGCAGUCGUGCAACCCCGAGGUCCUGCCCUUCUCAGAUGGUCUCACAACUGGAGCUCUGGUGGCCAUACUGCUCUGUGUCAUCAUUCUCCUCAUGAUUGUGGUGCUGUUUGCUGCCCUGAGGAGACAGAGGAAGAAGGAGCCUCUGAUCAUCUCCAAAGAGGAUGUCAGAGACAACGUUGUCAGCUACAACGAUGAAGGGGGUGGAGAGGAGGACACUCAGGCCUUUGAUAUUGGCACGCUGCGCAACCCAGAGGUGAUGGAUGCUAACAAGCUACGCAGGGACAUCAUACCCGAAAUGCUGUUUCCCUUUCGGAGGACAUCACCUAUAAAGGAUAACACGGAUGUCAGAGACUUCAUUAAUGGGAGGCUUCAGGAGAAUGAUUCGGAUCCCACAGCACCCCCCUAUGACUCCCUGGCCACGUACGCUUAUGAGGGCACUGGGUCACUGGCAGAAUCCCUCAGUUCACUGGAGUCCGCUGCCACUGAGGGGGACCAGGAUUAUGAUUACCUCAGCAACUGGGGACCACAAUUCAAGAAGUUGGCAGAGAUGUACAUAGGAAAGAGCCCUGACAGAGAAACUUAGAUGAAGAUAGUCUCUCUUUUUCAACCGCAUUCUUCUCUGUCUGUUUAUCUAGCUAGCUGGCUAGGCGGCUAUUUGUCUAGUUAGCUAGCCAGCUAGUUGACCGUCUGUCUGCCUAUCAAGCUAUCUAUCUGUUUGUCUAGUUUGCUAGCUAGCUCGCUAGUCAACUAGUUGUCUAUUUGAUUCUCAUAAAUGUGUGUGCAGGCACAAACACACACAGACACACACAAAAGCUAUCCAUGUGGAUGCUGAAAUGAAAAUUAAGACUUGAACUGCAUUGAAUUUUCUCUUAAUGGAGACAAAGUAUAAAUCUGUUUUUGGUCAUAAUCAGUAAAGCUGCCUUUGAAUUUUAGGAUUUUUUUUUUUUUUUGUGAACAAUGGUGUGGACAAUGUGUUUUGUAAUUGACAUGAGCGAUAGUAGUAUUGUAUACUAUCAAUGUUAAAUGGUACUGGACUGGGUUUGGGUGGGAUAGGGAUGGAGUCGAGUGGCCUUUCGAGCCCGCUCCAUUAAAUACUGUACAUGUACAAAAUGUUUUUAAUGAUGGACAUCCUAUAUACUAUUUGCUAUCUGUUUGACAAGCAAUGUUCAUGUGAAUGGUUGGUGCAGUUUAUUUGUCAAACUGUGAAUUCAUUUCAUCAUAUAGGUGUAACAUGUAACGGAAAGUGUAUGUUGUAGGAAACUGUCAUACACUGAAUUCAUGCUGUUUGAAU